AUGGGCUCCAUUGGAAUUCCCAUCAAGCUGCUCAACGAGGCUCAAGGCCACUCCGUCACUCUGGAGCUUACAUCCGGCGAAACAUAUCGUGGCAAACUUCUCGAAGCUGAAGAUAAUAUGAACGUUCAGCUGCGGGACGUUACUGUAACUGCACGCGAUGGCCGUGUAUCGCAUCUUGAGCAAGUCUAUGUCCGUGGCUCACACGUUCGCAUGUUUAUUGUGCCCGACAUGCUCAGACUUGCACCAAUGUUUCGGCCGAAAACCCUGGCCAAGGUCCGUGGUGCUGCGCAGCCUUCGCGCGGGCGUGGCGGAAUGCGCCGGCGGCCGGGUCCUCGAUAA